AUGAACCACGGCUACCCUCCUCCCCGCGUCAUGGGGGGCCCCCAGGCAGGCCCGACCCAGCGCCUCAACGAGCUCCUCGAUAACAUCAGGACCGAGUUCGAGACCGAGUCCCAGCGCAGCGUCGACUAUGAAGGCCAGAUCACCCGCCACAUCCAAGAGAUUGAGAUGAUUCGCGGCAAAGUCUACUCCCUGGAGCAGCAGCAUAACCAGAUGAAAGCAAAGUAUGAGGACAGGAUUGCGCAGCUCGAGCGCGAGGUCGAGGCCCGUGGCGGUCCCAGCCAGAACUCGCAACACGGCCCCUCCCAGCCUCAGCCCCCUCAGAUCGGCCAUGGACCCAGCAACCUGUUUGGCGGCAUCAUGGCCGGAAGCGCUGCGCAAGGCGGCCCAGGUCUGGCGCCUCCUCCACAGGAGCCGCAGCAGCCUCAGGGCAUGCCACCACAUCUAGGCCCACAAGGCCCGCCGGGCCUCAAUUCUGCACCCGGUCCCCCAGGACCACCACAGCACUUUGGUGGCUACCAGCCGGGUCCCUCUGUCAAUGGAUAUGCUCAGCCUCCACAGCCUACGGCUUCGCCUGGCGGUAAGCGUCCCGGCCCGCGUGGUCCUCCAGGAGGCCCUGCCACUCCCCAGCAGAACAAUCCUACACCUUACCCCGGAUCGCCUCACGUCCCCCGCCCGACGCCGCCCCCUCACCAGCAACAGAAUGCAUUGAUGCCGCAGAACCAGAUUUCUUUGGCCCAAAGCAACGUGCUGGCCGAUCUCGACAUCGAGCAACUGCCAGAGAACCUGAAGAAGGAGGGCAGCGAUUGGUUCGCCGUCUUCAACCCUCGUGCCCGCCGAGUCUUGGAUGUUGAUCUGAUCCACAACCUCCCUCACCAGAGUGUCGUCUGCUGUGUGCGCUUCAGUCUUGAUGGUUGUCGUGUAGCGACUGGCUGCAACCGCUCUGCUCAGAUUUUCGACGUCGAGUCGGGACACCCCAUCGCCCAUCUUCAGGAUAGCAGCCUCCCCGAGGACGGCGAUCUAUACAUUCGAAGCGUUUGCUUCAGUCCCAACGGUGCUUACCUCGCAACUGGUGCUGAGGAUAAGGUCAUCCGUGUCUGGGAUAUCAACAGCCGCCAGAUCAAGCACCAAUUCACUGGUCACGAGCAGGACAUCUAUUCCCUUGACUUUGCCCGCAAUGGUAAGAUCAUUGCUUCUGGCAGCGGUGACAGGAGUGUCCGUCUGUGGGAUCUUGAGAGAAAUGAGCAGGUUGCAAACUUCUCCAUCGAGGACGGAGUCACCACCGUCGCCAUUUCUCCGGACAACCGUUUCGUUGCUGCCGGGUCUCUCGACAAGAGUGUCCGCGUGUGGGACAUUGCGAGCGGAAACCUUGUCAUGCGUCUCGAGGGAGAGCAGGGUCACAAAGACAGUGUUUACAGUGUGGCUUUCGCUCCUUCUGGCGACCGCCUGGUCAGUGGCAGUCUUGACAAGACGAUCAAGAUGUGGGAAGUGACCACCGGAUCUCGCUUCGGGCCCGUACACCAGCCAAGCGGCAAGUGUGACUUCGUUCUUAGUGUCGCCCUCACACCCCAUGGCGAUUGGGUGCUUAGUGGUUCCAAGGACCGUGGUGUCCAAUUCUGGGACCCGCACACUGGUGUUGCGCAGCUCAUGUUGCAAGGACAUAAGAACUCUGGUACGUUUGACAAGCAGCUUGAUCUAGACUUCUCGGCUAACCGCACAAAGUCAUUUCCGUGGCUCCUAGCCCAACUGGCGGUGUUUUCGCGACCGGUAGUGGCGACAUGCGCGCUCGUAUCUGGAGGUGAGUGA